GCCUAUGAUUUCCGCAAAAGGAGUCCGGACACCGUUGUUGGUUUGACGAUCAGCUUGCCCAGUCUAAACCCCCAGCUCCCUUUCCUUCAGCCUGUUUUUGUCAACUCAACCCAAAGUAUCCUUCGGGUGCGGCUGCAGCAAAGAAAUCCUGCAAUAUGCGAUUCUUUACACCAGCCUUGCUGGUCACCGCACUGGGAUGGAUGACGACCGCCGUGGCUCACAACAUCCAGCUCAAAGCACAUUCGCGAGAAUGCUUCCAUGAAACGCUGCAUCGCGACGACAAGAUGACUGUCUCUUUCCAGGUUGGCGACAGAGAGUUCGGAGGUAGUGGGAACUUGGAGAUUGAUUUUUGGGUCGAAGAUCCCCUCAGAAAUCGCCAGUAUUAUAAGCAAGCCACUUCCACAGAAGAUUAUUCCUUUGUCGCACAUACGGACGGGAAAUACGUUUACUGCUUCAGCAACGAAGGUUGGACAUCGAGCACCAAGGAGGUCUCUUUCAACGUUCACGGCAUCAUGUACGUUCCGGAAUCGGAAUUGUCGCAGGAUCCUUUGGAAACAGAAGUUCGUCGACUUUCGGAGGCCUUGGCUCAAGUCAAGGAUGAGCAAUCGUACAUCAUUGUCCGGGAACGCGUACACAGGAACACCGCAGAGAGCACCAACGCUAGGGUGAAAUGGUGGAGUAUCUUCCAACUGGCCGUGCUUAUCGGGGAGGGUAUUUUCCAAGUCUGGUGGCUGAAGAGAUUCUUCGAGGUCAAGCGAGUUGUCUAAUCUCCAUUUUUCUUUUCGAGGCUGCUAAUGCCUGGCCUUACGCUUCCAACAAUGAAUGACUACAGUUCGUUGCAUAAGUUACAUUUCUUUCUUGCAUUUGCGUUCUGGCGCGAGAUAAUGGAAACUCUUGUUCCAGAGGGAUGUAUUAUGUGAACUAGUUGAUGAUUAUUGACAAAAUUUCUACUUCCAUACGGUUGCAUGGCAACAAUAAUAAUAGAUA